CCUCCCACCUCAUCCCCAAGCUCACUGCUUGGAGAAAGAGCAAUUCACACCUGCUUCUUUCCUACCCCACCCCCAGUCUACCCCUACCCUGACAGUUUCCCAUCACCAACGGCAGAGAGCAGAGAAAUAGGCGUUUUCUAGUUCCUCCCCCACCCCUUUACUUUUUCCGGGUACCCGUGAGUCGGUUGGGGGAGGGCAUCCUCUCUCACCCUGGCCGCUCAUUCUGAGACCCGGGGCUGUCUGCUGAAUGAAUUCUGCCGGAAAAUGGAACACUCCAGUUUUCUGGCCGGCCUGAUACUGUCUGUCCUUCUCUCCCAAGUGAGUCCCUACAAGAUAUCCGUGGAGGAACUGGAGGACAAGGUGUUGCUGAGUUGUAACACCAGCAUCAUAUGGAUGGAGGGAACGAUGGGAACGCUAUUUCGCAACGAUACAAAUCUGGACCUGGGAAAACGCAUCCUGGACCCACGAGGAGUGUAUACGUGCAAGAGGCCAGACGAACAAGACAAGAUACCUUACACGCAAGUAUAUUAUCGAAUGUGUCAGAACUGUGUGGAACUGGACUCAGGCACCCUAGCCACCAUCAUCAUCAUGGACAUAAUCGCCACUCUUUUCCUCGCUUUGGGGGUCUAUUGCUUUGCGGGAUAUGAGACUGGAAGGCUCUCUAAGGCCGCUGACACUCAAGCUCUCCUGGGAAAUGACCAGCUCUAUCAGCCCCUGCGAGAUCGGAAUGAUGCUCAGUACAGUCAUCUUGGUGAAAACUGGCCUCGGAAGAAGUGAACCGGAGACCGGUGGCUUAUAGGAGUAUCAGCUACAUCGACUGCACUUCCUUUCCUUGUUCAGCCAAUAAAAAUGUCUUCUCUCCCUCAGCAGGUGCCUGGACUUUUCAAGACUGCCGGGCAAGGCACGGGAGUUGUCCUGCCUCAGUUGGGCCCUUGCCCUCCCUGGCCACCUGUGUCCUUCCUUCACUGCUUCCAUUCCUCUGCCCCAGACGGACCGUGUGACGGGCACUCUCCCACCCCCACCUGGCCCACUGGUGCUUGCUGCUCGGUGGGCUCCCUGGAUGCAGGGCUACUUGUUGCCUCCGGCCCCCUAGUGCAACCCCUUAAAGGCCUUGGCUUUCUCACCACAGCCGAGGGCGGGCUGCUAUGUUUAGAGACUCAGCCACACAGAAGUUUCCAUGACAUCGUAAGCAGAGGAGGUGGGAACAUCAAGGGCCCAGGAGACCAUUUCUUAUCAAGAUGUGGAGGUUUCUACGUAGGUCUGCUCAGGACCCUUUCUUUCCUCCUGUAUAGAAGAUACCAUUCACCUUCCUCUUCUCAGAACCUGUCCCCGUCCCACCCCUGCCUUCUGCAUCACAAAGUAACAUCAGAAGCUCAUCAGCAAUCCAAAUGCGUU